GCAUCGUCAACCGGCUGUAGCCGGUAAAAACAGUUCCCUCCCUCGUUUCAUCAUCUUCGUUUUUUAACCUCUUUCCCUUCCCCUCCAAAUUUUUUCUGCCUGUCUUUUUUUCUUUAUUCAUUUUUUCUUCCUCAAGCUUAAGCUAAUAGAGCAGCAACAUAAAGUACCACGUUUCUCUCCUGCUUAAAAAUCCUCUCCAAUCCUUUAAUGAUUCCUCUCGGUUUCUAGGGUUUUACGUUUCGAAUCAGGUACGCAGUUUUCAUCUUCGUUCUCCUCGAGUCAGUUGUCGAUUGUUUUGUUGAUCUGGCUCCGUUUGAUUACUGAGAAAACUGGGUUGGGAGAAAGAAAAAUUUGGAACUCGACACUCUGGUUUUUGGAUUUUGGAAAUUGAUAAUGUUUUACGGUUUGAGAUUGGCUUGUCUAAAAUAUUAGUAGAAUAAAUAUCUUGUGUUUAUCGCAUGUAUUCCUGCACUACGGUGUCGUUUUGUCUGCAUGGAAAGACGUCACCUUAUGUUUCUUUGCUUGAACGGUCAAGGUGCUCACCGUGCAAGUAUUUAUUUAAGUUGACAAUUUACGACGAAAAGUUUCAGCAGGAUCAAUCGACUGCAAGUUUUGCUGGAACUUUAUAUUCUUCAACAGUCUAUAACCGGAGUUUGAACAGCUUGAUGGCUCCAAGAUGGAAAGGAAAAGGAUCAGAAGCAAAAGCUCUUGCAGAUCCCAUGUCAAAAAUCAUCUUGCAACUUCAGUCUUCUCUAAUUGAAUCAGAUGUCGGGGGGUUAUUGUCAGGUUGCAGUGUUCUUCUUGCUGUGAAACCUGAAGAAGCUGAGCUUCUCAAUCAUGCUUGUUUUGGCAGACAAAUUGUCACAGCUGAGAAGGACAGGCAAUGGAUUCAGUUGGGUAUGGAGGAAGCAUUUUAUUUAUGCUAUGCAUUAAAAUGUAUUAAAGUUUCUGUUGAAGAUUGUGAAGCAAGGAAUGAUGAAGAAUUAUGGCACUAUAUGAAAACUAAGGAGGCGAAAUUUCCUUUCUUUUACAAGGCAUAUUCUCAUCUCCGUAAAAAGAAUUGGGUAGUGAGGUCAGGACUGCAAUAUGGUGUUGACUUUGUUGCUUAUCGUCAUCACCCGUCUUUGGUUCAUUCUGAAUUUGCUGUGUUGAUCAUUUCUGAUGGAGAUGAUGAGGUGAAUGAACGGUUAAGGGUGUGGUCUGAUAUUCAUUGCACUGUCAGGUUAUGUGGAAGUGUUGCAAAGACAUUGUUAGUUCUUCACAUCAACAAAAAUGGUCAUGAUGUAGUAUCUCCAACAUGUUUAGACAAUUAUACUGUUGAAGAGCGCACAAUAACAAGAUGGACCCCAGAACGAUGUCGCGAGGAUCGGGCAGCAGUUGAAAAUGGAACCAAGUAAUAUAUUGAGUGGUACAGAAUAUCGGGAACCAAAAUAGGACCAACCCAGCUGGAGCCAUGUUCUGGUGGAUCAAAGUUGACUGCCUAUGAUAACACUUACUGUUAUUUUAUAUAAAGCUUUAUAUCUUCUGCAUUGUUUUCAUUUUCCAAGUGUGCAUGUGAGGUGUGGGCAUUGUGCAACUAUGUCUAGGCACAUUAUACUACACCAUGUCUUCCAUGUAAAAUCUCGGUAAUCUAGGGAAACAACGUUUAAGCCAAUCCUUGUGUCACGAGUUCGAAUCUUAUUGGAGAUCUAAAAUUCACUAAUUUGUGUUAUGUUAGAAACUAGCGGUGGUCAACCCACUUUGAUUCAGCAAAAUCUAGUGUUUAAUUCA